CGUAACAACUUACUAAUAUAUAGGCAGCUUGGAGCUUAUUCAUUGGACGACGAACUCUUUUUCUUCAUCUCUUUCUGUUUUCUUUUUCUCUUCUUUUGUUCUGAGAAUAAUGGGCCCAACAUACAGAGCUUUGCCAGUAGGUAUGAGGUUUCGUCCUUCAGAUUUGGAGUUGGCUGUUUACUUUUUGAUCAAGAAAGCUUUAGGACUUCCCAUGAAAGCUCUUACUGUGCCCGACGAAUGUAAUGAUAUCUUCUCAACACAUCCUCGCGACUUGCCUGGCUAUGGAAGCGAAGAGCAUUGGUACUUCUACUGCAAGAAACCCAAGAAUCAAGUUACUAGAACGAAAUCUUAUAACCUCUGGAUACCAACGGGAGAAAAAACUGAUGUGUUAGAUCCAAAGAAGAAUGGCGGCGAAUUAGUCGGUAUCAAGCAUUCGUUUACUUUCAUUGAGAACGAAGAAGAAGAAGAAUCUGAUAACAAGAACGGCGAUGAAGAAGAACCUCCACAAUGCAAUUGGUUCUUGGAUGAAAUCAGCCUCCCAUUGACAGUUGUGGAUACUGAUUGGACUCUGUGUCAUAUCUUUUACGAGAAGGUUAAACCUGAAUUUGGUAAUUUGCAUAUAGUCGAAUCUGAAUCCGAAUCCGAAGAAGAAGAAGAAGAUGAAAGUGUUGAUAAGCCUGCAGAGAGUUUGGAUAGUGUUAAAGAGAAAGAUGGAACUGUUCUUCCUCCACCUCCUGCUACACCUUAGCUUCUUCAUGAUAUAGUGUUUUACUGUUAGUGUUGGUGGAUUGUAGAUUCUCUCAAAACCUGUCAACGUCCAAAUCUUUAUUACCUCUAGUUGCAUACCUAUUGUUUUAAAGAUGCUUAUUUCACUUCAAUAUAUC